AUGGGUAAAUUUACAAUUUUCUUUUUCCUUUGUUUUGUAUUUUUUUAUUUAUAUCAAUGCUUAAAACUAAACAACAUUAAAAAGAGAGGUAUUCUUUCACUAAUUGAAAAAGAAAAGAAAAAAAAAUUAGCUUUUGUAAAUAAUUACUCAUUGUCCAAUAUUAAAGUAAAAAGAAAUGUAAAUAAACACUUUUAUAAAAGUAAGAAAGAAAAGGAAAUCCUUGAAUCAGGUUAUCUAUACCCAUUUGAUCACUUGGAAAAAAAAAAAAAAAAAUUCCCACCAGAUCCUUAUAUUCCAAGUAAUGAAGAAAACGAAGAAAAUGAUGAUAGUAUGUUUGAUGAACUUAAUGAAAGCACAGCUGAAAAUGAAUUGAUAGAUUAUGAUAACGAUGAUGAAGAUGCAAAAAAAAGUUUUGGAAAAACAACUUUCAACCGUCCUCAUUAUAGGGCACCCAUGAAAGAAAGAGAUAAAGAAAGCGAUAAAGCUAGCGAUGAAAAUGAUAAAGGAAUAAACAAUAAUUUGGAUAACGAACUCGAUGGCGACCUAGCUAGCGAGCCAAAUACUACUGACCAAAUCACAAAUGCAAUGAUAGAAAAUGAAGAAGCAGAAAAUGCAAAUGAAAUACAAAAAGAAGUUAUAAAUGUCUAUGUUUAUUCAUCUGAAAUAAAUAAAGAAAAAAAUGAAAUAAUGAAAGAUAAAUUAUAUUAUCUUAUGCAUACUAGUAUGGAUAGUAUAUUUAUUAAAUACUUUGAACUAAACAUACAAUCACAUAUAGAUAAUAAGGAAAAAAACAUUAGUGUUUCCUAUGAAAUAAAAAAUAAUACCUUUAAAAAGAGUAUACAUUCUCUUACAGAAUUAAUUGAAUUUUCCCAUAAGUUGAAAAAAAUAUUAAAUGAUAAAGUUGAGGAAUUAUUUAAAGAAAAAGAAGAUGAAGAAGAAAUGGAAGAACAUGAACAAGAUGAAAAUGCAAAAUAUUUAAAAAAUAAACUUAAAAAAGAAUUAGAAGAAUAUAAAAAAGAAAGAAAAAUUACAAAUAUAUCAAAAAGAAAUUUACAAGUUAGUAUAGAAUCAUCUCUUAAACUUAUAGAAAAAUGUACACAAAAAAUGUACACACAAAAUUAUGAAAUAACAUUACGUGAUUUAAAAUUAGCUUAUAAUAUGUUGCCUUGUAAAUAUUAUGGAUAUUUUUUAUCAGACGUAUGUGCAAAUAUUUCAAUGUUGUCUUACUAUACAAAUGAUUUACAAGGAGCUUUUAAUUUUGCUCUAAAAUCAAUUAAAUAUGAACCGAAAUAUAAAUUAUCUUGGAAAUGUUUAGGGGAUGCAUAUAGAAGUUUUCGAAAAUUUUGGCAAGCUAAAAAUUUUUAUGAUAUAGCUAUAUAUUUAGGUUAUAAAGAUGAAAAAGGAGAAAAUUUCGAAAAAAUUACUCAAGAACUAACUAAUUUAACUCAAUCCGCUUUAAAAAAUGUAGAUUUAUUAAAAACGAAUAUGAACAAUUAUACUAAUAUAGUAAUUAAAAAAAAUAUAGGAAUAGUAUUAAAUAAAAAUCCAGACGAAAUAGGAGGUUGUUAUGUGUCUUAUAUAAUUGAAGGAAGCAAAGCUAGUAAAAAAAACUUUAACCAUGGAGAUCAAAUUGUUGCAUUAAAUAAUAUUGUAACUUAUGGAAAGCCAAUUGAUGAUUGUUUAAAGGCGUUUCAAAAAAAUGAUGGCUCUUAUGAUAUAAUAUUUUUUAAAGGAAAUAUAAUUGAAUUAUAUGGUUUAGAAGCUUACAAAUAUUUAAUUGAAAAUAAUUUGUUUUACAUACUUUUUGAAAAUGAAAAAAUCUCAUCUUUUAAAAGAGAUGAGACUAUAUUGUUUGACAUGAAAGGAUUUGGAACAUUUUCCGAGUAUGGAAUGUCCAAAGGUGAGAAUAUGUAA